AUGAGUUGCGUUCUUAACUGGAAAAUAUUGCGAUAUUUUGGUAAGCGGAGGCAACAGCGUGUUACCGGUAAUCUAGAAUCUCUUCGCCGGGAUAUCGAAACAGAUGUUCACCUCCGUACAGCUCAAGAUUUAUUGCAAAGUCUACAAAGUGACGCGAAGCACGGUUUAUCGACAACUGUUGCACGCGAUCUUUUAAAAAAGAAUGGAUUGAACGCGCUCACACCUCCAAGAAGGACUUCUAACACAUUAAAAUUCUUACGUCGAUGUUUCGGAGGCUUCUCUUUGUUAAUCUGGGUGGGAGUCGUGUUAUGCUUUUGCAAUUAUAUUCUGGAACAUGAGAUUUACGGUGAAGCUUCCAACGAUCACUUGGGCCUUGGCAUCGUGCUCGUAGCUCUGAUUAUAAUUACAGGGAUAUUUAGUCACUAUCAGGAAUCGAAAAGUUCACGUAUUAUGGAGUCGUUUCAACAAAUGAUACCGCAAAGGGCGACAGUCCUCAGGGACGGCGAGAAGAAGGAACUGUCUGUAGCCGAAUUGGUGGUCGGGGACAUUGUCCUUUUGGAAACCGGCGACCGCGUACCCGCUGACAUUAGGAUCCUGGAAUGUCAAGGUCUCAAAGUCGACAAUGCUUCGAUCACCGGCGAGUCCACUCCGCUCCUGAGAACAGCGAACGUUAACACGACGAGCAGCAUUAUCGAGGCUAAGAACAUGAUUUUCUUCUCGACCAAUAUAGUGGAAGGCACCGGAAAAGGUAUCGUAGUCGCUUGCGGUGACAACACGGUGAUGGGCAGAGUUGCCAAACUAACGUCGAAAUUGACAUCGCGGCCGACGCCGCUCUCCCGGGAAAUUCAUCGGUUCAUGAAAUUGAUCUCGUCUUGGGCAAUCUUUCUUGGACUCCUAUUCUUCACGCUGUCCGUGGCGAUGGACUACAGCUGGGUGGACUCGAUAGUGUUUCUGAUCGGUAUUAUAGUCGCGAACGUGCCGGAAGGCUUGAUAGCCACCAUGACCGUCAGUCUUACCCUGACGGCGAAAAGAAUGGCGAACAAACAUUGUUUGGUGAAGCAUCUCGAGGCUAUCGAGACGCUAGGAUGCUCCGCCGUUAUUUGCAGCGACAAAACAGGAACGCUCACGCAAAAUAAGAUGACCGUUCGACAUAUGUGGUACGACGGUCAAUUGCGAGAAGUAAUGGCCUCAGACACCUGGAAGAAAUAUAUUAGCAAGCCUGGAUUUCAUAAUUUAUCCAGGGUGGCUAGUCUCUGCAACCGAGCCGAAUGGGCACCAUUACCCGAAGACAUACCCAAACCACCUUUGCACAAAAGGAAAAUCUUGGGGGAUGCUUCUGACGCAGCUCUGUUGAAGUCUAUGGAAGUUCUAGUGAAAGGAGGUGUAGAUACUUACAGAAAAAUCUAUAUAAAGGUGUUCGAAAUACCAUUCAAUUCGACGGAUAAAUUUCAGGCGAAUGUCCACAUAUACGGCAAGAAGCAUUUUGUCUUUUUCAAGGGCGCGCCGGAAAGAGUUCUCGAACGAUGCUCGACGGUCGCGUUCGGUAACGAGACUAGACCACUUGACGACGAAAUCAAGAAAGCUUAUACGGAAUCUUGUUAUGUUCUCGCGAACAAUGGCGAACGUGUACUUGGAUUUGCUGAUCUCGAUCUCUCGGCCUCUGCCUACCCGCCGCGUUUCAUUUUCAAAGGGGAUCCACCAAACUUUCCUCUUCAGAACUUGAGACUAAUCGGAUUGAUCUCGAUGAUGGAUCCCCCGAGGCCAACAGUACCAGACGCAGUGUACAAGUGUCGCUGCGCCGGAAUCAAGGUGAUCAUGGUUACUGGCGAUCACCCUGACACGGCUAGAGCGAUCGCGAAAUACGUCGGCAUUAUCACCGAUGACAUUUCCCAAAAUGAUAACGAUCGAAUGGAACGAUCGAUCGUGGUGACGGGGCAAGAGCUGCGGGAUCUUCAGCCGGAAGAACUCGACGGAAUGAUAAGAAGCUAUACCGAGAUCGUUUUUGCGAGAACGUCACCUGUGCAGAAGCUUCAGAUCGUCGAGAGCUGUCAACGAUUGCAUCUGAUCACGGCGGUAACUGGCGACGGAGUUAACGACUCGCCGGCAUUGAAGAAGGCCGAUAUUGGAAUCGCCAUGGGCAUUGCAGGAUCAGACGUGAGCAGAGAAGUCGCAGAUCUAAUUUUGUUAAACGACGAUUUUGCCUCGAUAAUCACGGGGAUCGAAGAAGGACGAAGACUGUUCGACAAUUUGAAAUCAAGUAUCGCGUACACAUUGGCCAGUAACGUUCCAGAGAUAACACCCUUCCUGGCGUUCAUCGUUCUUGGGAUUCCUUUGCCUGUAGGCGUAAUUUGCGUGUUGUGCAUAGAUCUAGGUACAGACAUGUGGCCGGCUGUCUCUCUGGCAUACGAGAAGUCCGAAUCAGGCAUCAUGUUCAGGAAGCCCAGAGUGCCUCACGUAGAUCGUCUCGUCAGUCGUCGAUUACUUUUCAUGGCUUACGGGCAGAUCGGUAUAAUCGAAGCCUGCGCCGGCUUCUUCACGUAUUUCGUCGUAAUGGCGGAGCACGGGUUCCUACCUGGUAAACUGCUGGAUCUGCGAUCGUUGUGGGACAGCGUCGUCGUGAACGAUCUGCAGGACAGUUUCGGCCAAGAAUGGACGUACGAGCAACGGAAAAUUCUCGAGUACACCUGCCACACCGCUUUCUUCGUCAGCAUAGUGAUCGUGCAAGCGGCGGACGUAAUGAUCUGCAAAACCCGCCGAAACUCACUUUUCUAUCAGGGCAUGCGUAACUGGGUCCUCAACUUCGGGAUAGUUUUCGAGGUAAUAGUGGCCUGCAUUGUUUGUUACGCGCCGUACAUGGACGAGAUACUGAGGACUUAUCCACUGAAUUUGGUGUGGUGGUUACCGGGUGUACCGUACGCUAUAAUCAUAGUGAUCUACGACGAACUGAGGAAGUUGUGGAUCAGGAGACAUCCAGGAGGAUGGUGGGACAGAGAAACUUGUUACUAA